AUGUUGAUACCAUGCGCGGCAUUGCUGCUCGCAUCUGCGACCCUCUGCCAUGCCCUCGGAGAGCAGCGUUUCAUCUCCUUCACCUCACCUGGGGUCAGUCUUCUCUCCGCUCCAAUCCUCGUAGAUGAGGAAGACUUCAAAGGAGUACACAUAGCCGCUCAAUCGCUCUCCGAUGAUUUCCGCAAGGUCACCGGCCAGCCCGCCGGGGUGCAGAAUUAUACUGGAAAGAUGAACGCUCCGAUGGCGAUCAUUGUAGGUAGCUUAGGGCAAUCUGGGGUUGUGGAUGGGAUGGUGAAGGAGGGAAGGGUCAAUGUAACAGGGUUGGAAGGUCAGUGGGAGUCGUUUAUGACGGCGGUAGUGGAGAAGCCUGUGAAAGGUGUGGAUAGAGCGCUGGUAAUUGUGGGGAGCGAUAAAAGAGGGACCAUAUUUGGGGUGUAUACACUUUCCGAACAGAUUGGCGUCUCACCAUGGUAUUGGUGGGCAGACGUGGUUCCGCAGAAACGCAAAGAGAUAUAUGCACUCCCCGUGAGAACACAUCAUGGAGAACCCAGUAUUCGUUACCGGGGGAUCUUCAUCAACGAUGAAGCUCCCUCUCUCACGUCCUUCGUGUUGGAUAAAUUUGGUCCGGUUUAUAAUGCCGAGUUCUACAAGCAUGUUUUCGAGCUCCUUCUCCGGAUGAAGGCGAACUAUCUUUGGCCCGCCAUGUGGCCAAGCUACCCUGAACCUGGGAAUAGUUUCUUCGUCGACGAUCCACUGAAUCAGGCCACUGCAGAUGAAUAUGGAAUUGUCAUCUCUACUUCCCACCACGAACCCAUGCAGAGGGCAACAAAUGAGUGGCUUACCUCAGGCCAGGGUUCAUGGGAUUGGACUAGUAACAAGGCCAAGAUUUCCGACUUUUUCCGAGUUGGAGCUGAGAGAGCAAGGGGUUUUGAAAGUUACUUCACUAUGGGAAUGAGAGGCGCGGGGGAUUCUGGGAUCAGUGGGGCAGAUCCAUUGGCAAUUCUAGAGGAGGUUAUUACGACCCAGCGUGAUAUUCUGAAGGAGAAUGGAGAGGAGGAUGUCAAACAGGUUUGGGCACUGUAUAAGGAAGUCCAGGCGUACUAUGAACAGGGCCUAGAGGUACCAGAAGAUGUCACUUUACUGUUUGCAGAUGACAACUUUGGAACAAUUCGAAGACUUCCAACCGAAGCCGAGAAAGAACGCUCCGGAGGGAUCGGGGUUUAUUACCAUCUCGAAUUUGUUGGCUCUCCCAGAAGUUAUAAGUGGAUGAACACAAAUUCUUUAGGAAAGGUAUGGCAACAAUUGAACACCGCCUGGCUUCGAGGGGCGGACCAAAUAUGGGUGAUAAAUGUUGCCGAUAUUAAGCCCAUGGAGUUACCACUUUCUCUCAUCAUGACAAUGGCUUGGAACGGCAGCUAUGUCACUAAAGAUUCAAUUCCAGAUUUCUUGGAGACUUAUGCAAGUCGUGAAUUUGGUGCAGAAUACGCAAAGCCCAUAGCAAAUCUCCUACUGGGACACAGCCGUUUGGUGGGUUUGAGAAGACACGAAAGUAUCGAAGCAGAAACUUUUUCGAUUCUCAACUACAACGAAGCGGAGAGAGUUCUUGGACAGUGGAAGAAUCUUUCCGACACGGCCUCAGCGUUGUACUCGAAAAUUCCAGAUAGUAGUAAACCAGCGUUUUUUCAGCUUGUGCUUCACCCGAUCAAGGCUUCUUACACUUUUCUUGAUGUUAAAGUAUCGCUAGCCAAGAAUAGCGUUUACGCCAGACAAAGGCGCAAUUCUGCCAAUAAAUUCGCCGAGAACGCUAUCGAUAAAUUCAACGAUGAUUUUGACUUGACGGAGGAGUAUCACUCAUUGCUCGGCGGUAAGUGGAAUCACAUUAUGGGUCAAGCACAUUAUGGCUUCACUUCAGCUUUCCACCCGCCAUCAAGAGAUAUGAUCUCCGGUCUAUCUUAUGUGCAAGUCAGGCAGGACACCGUACCUGCGCUUGGACAAAUGGGAGUUGGGGUGGAAGGAACAAUCGGCGUUCGCCCUGGUCUUUUUAACGAAGGGAGCGAUCUCGCAAAGCCUUCAAGAGAUGACCUAGCACCAGGUUUCCUACUACCUCCCAUUGAUCCGUAUGGAGCCGACAGAUAUAUUGAAGUUUAUGCCCGAGGAACACCAAAAAUCCAAUGGUCUGUAAAGGCGCAAUACAGCUGGAUAAUCCUCACACCUUCAUCCGGCACCCUCACCUCCGACAGACCAGACCAAAGAAUUGAAAUUAGUGUAAAUUGGGCAGAUGUACCCACCGACUUUAUUGGCAAAAACGCAUUGAUUUACGUCAAUUCGACACUCGGGGAUUAUGAGGAAGUCCGCCUCCCAGUUAACAACAGAAAGGUCCCUGACGGAUUCAAUGGGUUUGUAGAGACAGAUGGCCACGUCUCAAUGGAAGCUGCGCAUUUCACCGCAUCUACACAGUCUCCUUUAAACAGCUCUUCCCCCCACUAUGAAACGCUGCCAUAUCUUGGCAGCCGCACAAACUCCGGGGGUAUUGCCCUCUACCCGGGCACUUCACCCAGCCAAAGUCCCCCAGAAUCACCAUAUCUAGAUUACUCCGUCUACCUUUUCUCACAAAAGUCGACCGUGAAUGUAACGCUUUACUUUACGACUACCCUUGACACUGACCCAGUACGGCCACUCAUGUACGCUGUUUCUUUUGACCAAGAUGCCCCGGCGAAUAAAACUAGGCUUUUGGCUCAGCCAGCAACAGCGGGGGACCUACCGUCGGGAUGGACUGAUGCUGCUAGAGAUGGUGUUUGGAGGAAGAGCCACACGUUUGAGAGUUCGGGGGCGGGCUCGCACAGAAUUAGGUACUGGGCCUUGGAACCAGGUAUUAUAUUAGAAAAAGUGCUGGUGGACCUUGGUGGUGUAAGAGGAGGGUAUUUGGGACCACCGGAGAGUAUGAAAAUCUGA